GAAAAUGUAACCCUAUUCAUCUACAUUUUGUAAACUAAAAGGAGUCUCCUGUCUCUCUCACACAGAGGAGACUGCUGGACUUGGGGUCAGGGGAAUGUCUGGAGCUAUCUCUCUACAGACUGAUGGUAAAAGAAAGGCUACUCAUGCAGAGAGAGAUCAGGACACAGCACUCGAUCGGUCCACCAGCGUACACAACUCAUCGCGAGACAGAUUCCUCUGGCAGACCCCAGUGAACAGGAGAGGGAGCGUUCCUCAGUUAUCUCAACACACAGCGCCCGCUAUAGGUGGCAGAAUGUCUUCCAAACACAGCAGCUCCAUAUCCUCCAUCACACUCAUCUCCAGGAAGGUCAUCCGCUCCUCAAGCCUGCCUGAUAACAGCAUAUCUGACCAGGAUAGAAAGAAGGAACCCAGCCUUUUGGUCUUAAACGACCACAUCAGUGACUCAGAUCACACAUACCCGACAAAGAUCAUCCCACAGAGGAAAGCAGUUGUGGUUAAAAUGACUGAACACAGAGUGGAGACUCGUAGAUUUCUACAGCCAGGUGCUAAAAAUGGCCCAGUCUACAAUCUUAAUUCAACUCGGCCUACUGGAGAACACUAUAUGUCACCCUUAUCCACUAGAAGCAACUGUAAUCUUACAUCUUCUAACCUCUUUGAUGUGAAGAACCAGCACUUAGCAGCUUCCUUAAGUGUGACUAGUAAAGAUAACCAUAUACUAAAGUCUAAAAUGACCCACACAGAAAGGCACUCUCAAGUCCCUUUUUGCCCAGUUACCCAUGAGCCCCAGAUGCCAGUGGUGCUACGGAAGAAAGCCACCAUUAUCAAGGUGCAGGAGGAAAGAGAUACCUUCAGCAGAGAUUAUGUGAACCAUAGAAGCAAAGCAACCUACAGGCACAGCUUCAGUGGCCUCAAUGUCACUGACAUGAAACCGCAAUUAGACAACGAAUACACGCUUUCUGGAUCUGAGAUGCAGGAUUUGAGUAGCAACAACAAACUAUACAAAUCCACAGUGUCUCUCCAGCUGACAUCCACCAGUGGAGCUCGUCUAGAUGACUCACACACUUCAAGAGCUUCCAAACCUCGGAGGCCUGCUAGUUGUUAUGCUAGUCUGUUUAGUCCUGUUGAGCCAAGGGCUGAUGGUUCACAAGAUGUUUCAGAUCACAGCACCAUUCAUCCCCAUGAGACAAAUAUUGACCUUGCUUGCUCUGCUGCCAGCAGCUUAAACAGGUGUUGGAGCACUAAAGGAGGAGCAGGGAGCCAUGACAAGAUUUAUACAAGGACAGAAAGCUCUGCUUCAGAUAAAGGGCAGAGCAAGAGGGAGUCUGCUCUCCUGAGAAACCAGCCUUUAACUCUCAUCAAAAUGCCAGAUACCUCAACCCAUGAGACCCAUGAUGCUAUAGUGGCCCUGAAUGCAGCCGCCAUUAUAGCCAAUAUAAAGCUGCAGAGUGAGCAGAAAAAGAAAACCCUGAUCAGCAGCAACACAGACGGACAGAAAGACUCUGCAUCCCUGAGCAAAGCCGCAGAAAGUUUUGGAGCCGGUUCUGAAUAGAGGGAAAAACUGAAACAGUGGGAAAGAGGUUAAUGAUCUUGUGUUGUUGCCGCCUGUCCAGUCUGUGCCAGCGCUAGUCUGUAAAGCUCCCUGAAGACUCUCCCUCACCCUCACACUACAAACACUACAACGACUCCGAUACACACUGCACGAUGGAUUUCACUAAAGAAAAUA